GCGUAUCAUCGUAGACGAAUGUUUAUCUUUCUUUUUUUUGAUACGAGGCCACUUAAAGCCAAAUGUCGAGAGAUACGCGCAUCUCGCUUUCUCAUACGAAUCUAGGAGCCUGUGGAAUCUGCACGCGUGUGGAUUCGCGUGGAACUCCAAAAGACCUACAAGACCUAUUUUCGCGAUCGCCUCAUCCUGAGGAAUUUUCGCUGCACACUGUCCAUCGGGAAUAAAGACGCAAAGCAGUCUUUGUCUGUCUGUAUUCGAGGACAGAAGGUGUCGAGGAUUCUCUUCAGUGGUUUCAAAUUAAUUGGAAAAAUCACGAUGCUGCUCUUCAUCAUAUGUUUCCUGCCUCUAGUGGCGUCCCAAAUCACAUCUUCAAAUUUAAUUCUGGACAUCCAUAACGGUACCUUAACAGACAUUCAAUUCGUCGAAGGCUCAAAUCAUACGGUAUUAGACCUGUCAAAUUCCUCUCUUCGUGGAUUGGAAAAAACCGCUUUUGACAACGUACUCGACGCAGAGUCGCUCAUAUUGGCCGACAAUUUGUUAAGUUCUCUGCCGGAGUUUGUUUUUUCCAAUCUCACAAGAUUGAGGAGCCUGUCGCUAUCAGGCAAUCAAAUAUCGAACGUCCAAAAUCUGUUUGUGGGUCUGGAAAAUUUGCAAUUGCUGGAUAUCUCUCGCAAUCCCGUCAAACAUUUCACUAGAAGUUACCUGUUUGGUCUCAGCAAAUCCGUCAAGAUUCUCACCAACGAAAAUGUCCUAUGGAGUAUCAGUACAGAUGUGUUUGCCAGCUCCUUCAAGGAAGAGGAACCGAAGCGAUUAGCAGCGACGAUGGACCAGGAGCAGGAUUUCGUGGAAAAGAGCGAAGAGAAGAAAAAGGAAAUGGAAGACAGCGCGGUGGAACGCGAUGCUGAAGAGCCAGUCUUAAAGCCUCAAGAGGUCGUCCAAACUCUUAACAAGGACACUCGAGUGAAAAUCUGCAAGUCGGACGGCAUCGUGACGUCAUUGGCGACUUUUGAAAAGGAUGAAGAACUGGUUGAAGGAUGCAUCCAAGUGCAGGUCGACGUCGACGAGACGCAAGUAAAUCUUCGCGAGCGAGGCAUUAGAAGUUUUCAGGAAAACUGGUAUCGGUUGCAAUCGCUGCCGAUCUCUUCCUUGGAUCUGUCGAACAACGAAAUCACCGAGAUCACGAAAGAGAUGCUGAACAAUCUGCCGACCGAUCUGACAUACGUGAACUUUCUGGGCAACAGGAUUCGCAGAAUCCGGAGCCAAGUGAUUGAAAACAAUCACCUAAAGAGACUCAACUUCAAGGGCAAUCUGAUCGACGAGAUCGAAGAAGACGCAUUUGAAAAAACAAAACUACGGGGAUUAUUCCUAGUCGAUAAUCAGCUGAAAAAUCUCAACUUCGUCUCCAGUCUGCCAAACACUUUGACAGAAUUCGUCGCGAGUGAAAAUCGCAUAGCGUCCAUUCCUGACGGCGCUUUCUCCAAGUUCUCUCGUUUGCUGUACCUGAAUCUCGACGACAACGAAAUCAAAACAUUGCAAAGUGACGUCUUUCAAGGUUUAGAAUCCUUGCGAUCGUUGAUGUUAACGAGCAAUAAUAUAACGACCAUCGAGUUUUCCGCUUUUAGAGGUCUGACGGCUCUCGAGAGGCUCGAUCUUCAUCGCAAUUCUAUACGCGAUUUGCAAGAAGCCACCUUCGCCGAGUUGACGGCUUUGAAGAAUCUGAAUCUCGCCUAUAACAACAUCGCGAAAGCCACAUUCGCUGAUUUACCGUCGUCUGUGGACUCGUUGCUCCUCGAUUAUAAUGAGAUCGACGUGCUCGAGGAAGGUAAUUUUGUUCGAGUUCCGAAAGUCAUUCUGUCAUUGACCGGAAACAGAAUCACCAGUAUAAAGCGCGGCGCUUUCAAUCUGCCCGUUCUUAAGGACCUGAACUUGAGUCAAAAUCUCUUGACGACCAUAGAAGGCGAUAGCUACGAAGGUUUGAAUCAAUUGAGACGCCUAUGGCUUUCGGAAAAUAAAAUAUCCGAGAUUCGCAAGGGUGCUUGCAAAAAUCUGGGUAGUCUUUAUAUCUUGGACAUAGCUAGGAAUCCAUUUCAAAAGUUGGAAAACGGCGCUCUUCACGGCCUCAACACUGGCUUGGGAACCAGUUUGUAUAUUUACGAGAAUAAUGUGAGAGAGAUGCAAGGCGGUGUUUUCGACGAUAGAAAGAUCGCGAUGCUGCUCUUCAUCGUAAGUUUGCUGCCUUUAGUGGCGAGCAUGCAUCUAGACAUUUUACGAAUGAUCAUCAAGACAUCUUCUAAUCUAAUUCUGGAUGUCUAUAACGGCACCCUAACAGACAUUCGUGUCGUCGAAGGUUCUAAUCAUACGGUAUUAGACCUGUCAAAUUUCUCUCUUCGCGGAUUGGAAAGAACCGCUUUUGAGAACGUGCUUGACGCAGAGACGCUUGUAUUGGCCGAUAAUUCGAUAACUUCGCUGCCGGACUUUGUCUUUUCCAAUCUAACGAGAUUGCGGAGCCUGUCGCUGUCGGGCAAUCAAUUAACAAACGUCCGAAAUCUGUUCGACGGUCUGGAGAAUUUGCGAUUGCUGGAUAUCUCCUGCAAUCCCAUCAAACACCUCGGGCAAGGUCACCUGUUCGGUCUCGCCAGAUCCGUCAAGAUUCUUACUGAUGGAAAUAUUCUCUGUUGCAUCAGCACGGGCGUGUUUGCCAACUCCUUUCUCAAGGAAGAGAAGCUGCAGCGACUAGUGACGCCGAUGAAUCGCGACAGGAAUUUCGUGGGGAAGAGCGAAGCUGGAAGAAAAAAAGAGGAAUACAGCUUAGAGGAAUGCGACGCUGAAUGGCUAAUCGUGAAGUCUCAAAAGGUUUCGAGAAGUCUCGUCGAAAUUGUUCACAAUAACAUUCGAAUAAAAAUCUGCAAAUCGGACGGUAUCGUAACAACAUUGUCGAUCUUGGAGAAGGAUGAAGAGCUCGUUGAUGGAUGCGUUCAAGUGUCGCUCGACAUGUUCGAUGAGACGCGAGUUGACCUUCGCAAGCAAGAAAUCAGAGGUUUUCAAGAGAACUGGUACCAGCUGCGCUUGUUGCCAAUUUCUUCUUUGGAUCUGUCGUACAACAAUAUCACUGAGAUCACGAAGGAGAUGCUGAACUAUUUGCCGACCAAUCUAACGACGGUAAUCUUUUUGGGUAACAAGAUUCAGAGGAUCCCGAGCCAAGUGAUCGAGAACUAUCACCUGAAGAUUCUUAACUUUAAGAGCAAUUUAAUCGACGAGAUCGAAGACAAUGCCUUUGCAAGGACGAAUUUGCAAGAGUUAUACUUGGCCGAUAAUCAGCUGAAAAGUCUCGACUUUGUCUCCAGUCUCUCGAACACCUUGACGGAAUUCGUCGCAAGUGGAAACCACAUAUCUUCCAUUCCUGAUGGCGUUUUCUCCGAGCUCUCUCGUCUGCGUUUCCUGAAUUUCGACGACAACGAGAUCAAAGCAUUGCAGAGCGACGUCUUUCAAGGUUUAGAAUCCUUGCGAUCGUUGACAUUAAUGAGCAAUAAUAUAACGACUAUCGAGUUAUCCGCUUUUAAAGGUCUGACGGCUCUCGAGACGCUCGAUCUUCAUCGCAAUUCUAUACGCGAUCUGCGAAAAGCCAUCUUCGCCGAUUUGACGGCUUUGAAGGAUUUGAAUCUCGCCUAUAACAACAUCGCGGAAGCCACGUUCGCUGAUCUUCCGUCGUCCGUGGAGUCGUUGCUCCUCGAUUAUAAUGAUAUUGAAGUGCUCGAGGAAGGCAAUUUUAUUCGAGUCCCGAAAGUCACUUUGUCAUUGACUGGAAACAGAAUCGCGAGUAUAAAGCGCGGCGCUUUCAAUCUGCCCAUUCUUCGAGAUUUGUACUUGGGUCAAAAUGUCUUGACGACUAUAGAAGGCGAUAGCUACGAAGGUUUGAACCGGUUAAGGCGCCUCUGGUUGUCGGAAAAUAAAAUAUCCGAGAUUCGAAAGGGUGCCUGCAAAAAUCUGGCCAGUCUUCAUAGUUUGGAUGUAUCUAGGAAUCCGUUUCGGAAGUUGGAAAAUGGCGCUCUUCACGGCCUCAACACCGGCUUUGAAACUAGUUUGUAUAUAUACGGGAAUAAUUUGAAAGAGAUUCAAGGUGGUGUUUUCGAUGAUAUUUAAUAUAAUCGAUAUUAUUGUCUCUCUAUUUAAGUCACAGAACUCUCAUUCAUAUUCCGCUAAAUGUUUUCAAAAAUUAUGUAUUAAA